CCUCUCUCCUUCUCCCUCUUGCACGCGUACACACACAUGCACAUUGAACUCUUUCAUAAAGAAAAACGUGGUUAUGGCUAUGGCCACCAUAUAUAUAACUACGCAUAUUUAAGCCAAAGCUUGUAGUAGUAUUAUAGAGUGUCUGCGUGUGCGGGAAAAUAAUGGAUAGUAUUUGGAUUGUGUUUGUGACAGCAUUAUUUCUCUUGUGUACUAUGAUCCUUUGCAAGAACAGGCCUAGACUUAUGCUCAAGUCAAAACAUAGAAAUCAGCUUCCAUUAGGCACUCUUGGAUGGCCUUUUAUUGGUGAAACCAUUGAGUUUGUUUCUUGUGCUUACUCUGAUCGCCCUGAGACUUUCAUGGACAAACGACGCAGCUUGUAUGGCAUGGUGUUUAAGUCACACAUAUUUGGAAGCCCCACAAUUGUUUCAACUGAUGCAGAUGUGAAUAAAUUUAUACUGCAAAGUGAUGCAAAGGUUUUCGUUCCUUCUUAUCCCAAGUCUCUCACGGAGUUGAUGGGGGAGUCUUCUAUUUUGCUCAUCAAUGGAAGCUUACAGAAGAGAAUACAUGGACUCAUUGGAGCUUUCUUCAAGUCUCAACAGCUAAAGGCUCAGAUCACCAGAGAUAUGCAGAAGAAUGUUCAAGAAUCAAUGGCAAAUUGGAGGGAGGACAACCCUAUAUACAUACAAGAUGAAACAAAAAGGAUUGCCUUUCAUGUACUAGUCAAGGCAUUGAUUAGUUUGGAACCAGGUGAAGAAAUGGAACUUCUAAAGAAACAUUUUCAGGAAUUUAUCUCUGGCCUAAUGUCUUUACCCAUAAACCUACCAGGAACUAAACUUUAUCAAUCUUUACAGGCAAAAAAGAAAAUGGUGAAAAUAGUUCGGAGAAUUAUCCAAGAUAGAAGAAAUAGUGACAACUCCAAAGUUCCAAAAGAUGUAGUGGAUGUGCUUCUUAAUGAUGCAAGUGAGAAAUUGACUAAUGAUUUAAUAGCAGAUAAUAUUAUUGAUAUGAUGAUUCCAGGGGAGGACUCAGUGCCCGUUCUUAUGACUCUAGCUACAAAGUACCUAUCAGAAUGUCCUGCUGCUUUGCAACAAUUAACAGAGGAAAAUAUGAAGCUUGCCAAACUCAAAAAUCAGCUUGGGGAGCCCUUGUGUUGGAGCGAUUACUUAUCAUUGCCAUUUACUCAAACAGUUAUCACAGAAACUUUGAGAAUGGGAAAUAUUAUAAUUGGCGUUAUGAGAAAGGCCAUAAAAGAUGUUGAAAUAAAAGGGUAUUUAAUACCACAAGGGUGGUGUGUAUUUGUAAAUUUUAGAUCAGUUCAUCUAGAUGACAAAAACUAUGAGAGUCCAUAUCAAUUCAAUCCAUGGAGGUGGCAAGACAAAGACAUGAGCAAUUGCAAUUUCACUCCUUUUGGAGGGGGACAAAGGCUGUGCCCUGGCCUUGACUUGGCUAGGCUUGAAGCUUCCAUCUUCCUACACCACUUAGUUACUCAAUUCAGAUGGUAUGCUGAAGGAGAUACUAUAGUGAACUUCCCCACUGUAAGAAUGAAAAGGAGGAUGCCUAUAUUAGUAAGGAGGGUGUAACCUUGAGCUGCCUUGGCCUAAAAAGUAUGAAGCCACUUCUACAUAUUGGUACAGGACAACCAUUAUAUGAAAAAUACAAAAUGCCAAAGAGGACAAAUGGGGGGGGGGACCCCAGAAAGAUUGGCUAAUGUGGACACACGUGUGGAGGGCUUCAUAAGCUUUUCUGUCCCCUUGCUUUAGUCUCUACACAUAAAAACAAUACAAAGUUUCGACUUUUGAGGGACCCUUGAAUUAGGCAUUUACUUUUCACCUAUUCUUCUUUUCCCAUUUUACCUGCUAUGUAAGGGGAAAAAAGGUUGAUUGU